AUGCCACUGGCGGUGAAGAACCUUCUGCCAAGAGAUACUGGGCUACAAUAUGCAAUUGGUCCCCCUAACAUUUACGAGGGUCAAAGUAUUGCAGGUCCAUCUGACCUUACUCCUGAUCAUGUAAUCCUCCUGGUUAAUCCUCCAGCACAAUCACAUCUGUUCAGUCAUAUCUCUGUGGCCACAGAUCUUCUCCCUUUAACCUAUAAUGUGGCGGUCAUAAUAGAAUUUCCCUACACUGACCUAUUCCACUCUCAAAACAAUCCCACAGUCCCUUCAACCCUUUUGAUACCACCAAUCAAUGUUAAGGAUGUUGCAACUGAUAUCAUUGGUGUUAAAGUAUUAGUAUAUUUGGAGACUGUAAAAUGGUCUAAUAGAUUCACCACUGUACUGCCAUGUAUCUAG